AUGCUGCUUUUAUGGUCGUNUCCAUGCUAUCGCAGGAGGCAAGUGUAUCAAAUUUGUGGGAAGCUGGAUAUCUUGGGGAUCGCAGAUCCUUUAGAGAUUAAAACCAAGGAGGCACAUCUAGCAGAUGUAAAGACACUAUUUCAAGAUACGACUGGAAUCAAUGAAGAAGGACGUUACGAGGUUCUAUUGCCCUGGAAGGAAAAGCAUCCGUCACUCCCAGUUAACAGAGAUGUAGCGGAGAAGAGGUUAAUAUCUGUUACAAAAAAGCUGCGACAGGAAGAUUGGUACGAAGAUUAUGACGGAGUUUUCAACGAUUGGCUUUCCGAAGGCAUUAUAGAAGAAGUGCCACUUGAAAAAAUUGACAAUAAAGGAUUCUAUCUCCCCCAUAGACACGUUGUUAAAGAAGGAAGUACAACGGUAAUACGUCCAGUAUUUGAUGCUUCAGUCAAGAUGAAAGAUUCACCCUCGUUGAACCAAUGUCUAGAAACAAGCCCCAACCUCAUUGAACUCAUUCCGGCCAUGUUGCAUCGAUUCAGGGAAAAGAAGAUAGGACCCAGACAGCACACGACGUCCAAUGGACGUCCAUUUUUUGUUCUUAUUUAG